AUGAGAGAGGAGGAGCCGUCACCAAACGCGUCGUCGCCGCUGGAGGAGCUUCGCUCUUCGCCGCCGCCGUGGAGGGGAAAGAGGAGAUGCUCCCUCGCCAGUCACCGUCGUGCUUCCUGGUUGCCGAUGAGGGAGCCGCGAGAACCGUUGCAGCUGUUGAGAAAUCGAAGUUUUACAGAUUCAACAAGGAAAGGAACCGGUGGAAGGAGAGAACCGAUGGUGCCGUCAAGUUCCCUAAGAACAAGGUUAGUAGCAGGCUGUAAGCACUCCAAAUCAUUGAAAAAGGGUGCUAUAACAAAGAGAAUGACUGCAAUUGAAGAAAUGGCCGGAAUGGAUGUCCUAUGCAGUGAUAAAACAGGCACAUUAACUCUCAAUAAGCUUACAGUGAACAAGAAUCUAAUUGAGGUCUUUGCUGAUGGAGUUAAUCAGGACAUGGUUGUACUUAUGGCUGCAAGGGCAUCAAGGCUAGAGAACCAAGAUGCAAUUGAUUGUGCAAUUGUAUCUAUGUUAGCAGACCCAAAGAAAGUACUAUUUCAACUACCAACCUGGUUACUCCUUUGGAUCAUCUUCGAAUCAUUUGAAAAAUUAAAAAAUAAAACCGAUGCCUUACUGACUACUAGUGGGAGAUUUUACCUCCAGAAAUUUGUCUCAGGAAUUAAUUGUUUGUAACCAAUAAGGGAAACGGAUCACAUCUCAUACUCUUGAAAAAAAAAAUACCCUUACAGGUGAUCAGCUUGCAAUUACUAAGGAAAUAGGAAGGCGUCUUGGAAUGGGCUCUAACAUGUAUCCUUCUUCGUCGCUGCUAGGAGAAAGCAAAGAUAAUUUUGCUUCUGUUCCCGUCGAUGAUCUUAUAGAGAAUGCAGAUGGUUUUGCUGGUGUCUUUCCUGAGCACAAAUAUGAGAUUGUGAAGAGGUUAUAAGCUAGAAAGCACAUUUGUGGGAUGACUGGUGACGGAGUGAAUGAUGCACCAGCUUUGAAGAUAGCAGAC